AUGCUAGCUCUGACGGUCGCAGCGGGGCCGCACGAGGCCAGCGGCGCCUCCCGUCCGCGCUCCUCGAUCCGGCCUCCUCCCGGACGCAAGCUCCACGCCCGCAGUCCCCACUUACGCGGCGCGCAGGGCCCGCCGACGGCACGCGCCACACCUGAGGUCGCAGACAGCGCGGCGCCCGCGCGGCCCGGGCCUGCAUGGGACUCGCGGACGGAGCUCCUCGUCGGGUCCGACGGCAUCGAAGCGCUGCGCAGCGCCCGCGUCCUCCUGGUCGGUCUGGGGGGGGUCGGGUCCGCAGUGGCGGAGUACCUCGCGCGUGCGGGCGUCGGAACGCUCACGAUCGUGGACGGCGACGUGGUCGACGCAAGCAACCGCAACCGCCAGCUGCCGGCGCUCGUGUCGACCGAGGGCGCCGCCAAGGUCGACGUUGUGGCGCAGCGCAUUUCAGACAUCAAUCCAGGAGUGAAAUUAACCGCGAAGCAGGUCUUCCUGGGCCCCGACGACGACGACGGCUCGCCGGGCGACGCAGAGCAGCUCGUGGCCCCCGGAGGCUCCCCGGCGUACGACUACGUCGUGGACUGCAUCGACUCCGUCGCGCCAAAGGUGGCGCUGCUCGCAGCAGGCGUCCGCGCGGGCUGCACGGUCGUGUCGGCGAUGGGCGCCGGCGGGCGGUACGACCCGGCGCGGCUGCACAUCUCGGACAUCUCGCAGACGUGGAACGACCGCUUCGCCAAGGUCGUACGCAAGGGUCUGCGGCGCAAGGGCAUCAGCACCGGCGUUGUCUGCAUCUUCUCCGACGAGCCGCUCGACCGCUCCGCCCUCGAGGAGACCGCGAAGACCUCCCGGUCCUUCAAGCGCAGCUUCUACGGCACCAUCAGCUACAUGCCCGCCGCCGUGGGGCUCGCGGCGUCCGCGUACGUCAUCAGGCACGCCCUCGGGAGUCCUCCGCAGCUCGAGAUGGGCCCGGACGUCCCGAACCGCAUGCCCAUUUCCCGCGCGAGCCGGCGGGAGCGCCAGCGACGGCAGAAGGCAAAACGUGGCCAGAAGUCGAGCGACGCACAGCGAGCGAGCGCCGCGCUGGAAGUCAAGAGCGUCGAGGAGACGGGUGCUGGCGAGCUGCUCUUCUCCUUCUCCGACGCCACGUCGGCGGCGGUCGAGGAGCUCGUGUCUGACGCGCGUGCACGCCGCGCGACGCCUGCCAGCGCCGCCGGUGCAGGAGCGGCCCAGGAGCCAGCGAGCGUCGGCGCGGGCGCCUGCAGCGACGUGGCGGCGACGGUCGCGAGGAUGCGGGCGGUGGCGCGGGCCGCGGUGGAGGCGAGGGUUGUCGGCGGGGCCGUUGCGCCCGCGGGCGGGGACGUGCUGCCGCUGGACGGGACGGGGGCUGCUGAACCCGAGGCGGCGCGGGCGAGCGCGACGCAGGACGCCGAGGGUCUGAUGCCCGAGGGCGUGAGGUCGGGUCUGUCUGGUGCGACUACGAAACCACAGCAAGCCGGGGGCAGGCGCUCCGUGGUCGGCGUUUUCGUUUCGGGCCCUGCGCAGAAGAAGGAUAAAAAGCAGAGCUAG